GUGGGUAAUGCGGGUGUGGGUGAGGCAAGGACCCUUGAUCUAAGAUUUCUUGCAAGUAACUGAAAUAGAGAUUGCAGCAAAAUGACAACAACGGAGGAAUCAUGGACAAGUUGGUUGUGCGAUUGGGAGGCAGAGGAUUACAACAACUUUGUCAAUGAAUCCGAUGGAAACGGGGUUGAUGUAAGUUUCGCAUUUGAUGACGAUAUAGUCCCUGUAACACAGGAGGGGAACUUGCAACAAUCUUUCUCUAAUAAUAGCAACGGCUUCAAAACAGAACACUCCAGCACCAUGAGCAUUUCCUCAGGGGAUGACAACGGCUUUGACGAGAGACCUUCCAAGACACUCAAGACAGCCACUUCAAACUCUGCUAACACCACCAACACGGAUUCUUCUCUCUCCUACAUUCUUUCCUUUGAAAAUGUGAAUCCACCACCAAUAUUCAACAUCGAUUCCCCCUUGAAGCCAAAACGCAAGGCUGUGCAUAGGAGAUCUAUUCCCUCAAAGGAAAAGGAAGCUAUACCCAAUAUUCAAGAGAACAAGAACCCUGCGGUCAGAUCUCCUCACCACGCUCAAGAUCACAUAAUUGCUGAGAGAAAGAGGAGAGAAAGGAUUAGCCAGCAGUUUAUAGCGCUCUCGGCCCUUAUUCCAGGCCUCAAAAAGGUGGACAAGGCGAGUGUGCUUGGGGAUGCUAUAAGGCACGUGAAACAUCUCCAGGAGCAAGUGAAGUUACUGGAGGAGCAGAACAAAUGGAAAAGUGUAGAAUCGGUGGUAUAUGUUGAGAAAUCUAAGUUAUCUGCGGAUGAAGAUGUCUCGGAUACGUCCUCAAAUUCUGGUUCUGGUGCUGACGGCAACUCCUAUGGCCCCUCAAAAACGAAUGGAUCACUGCCCGAAGUUGAGGCAAGGGUGUCAGGGAAGAACGUGCUGAUUCGAAUCCACUGCCACAAACAAAAGCAAGUGUUGACGAAUAUACUCCAAGAGAUGGAGAAUCUCCAUCUUUCCGUCAUCAAUAGCAGUGUCUUGCUUUUCGGAACCUCCAAACUCGACAUAACCAUCGUAGCACAGAUGGAGGAUGAGUUGAGGCUGAACGUGAAGGAACUAGCUAGAACACUUAGGGUGGGACUCUUGCAAGAUAGUAGUAGUAUUAUGUAGCUUACAGGUGUAUGGUGUCAUUAGCCCGCACUUUAAUGCAUUUCAUUGUGGAGUCAAUAAAUGUCCAUCUUCUCAGCAGUAAGCCACAUGGAGAAAUAAAAAUUAAUUGUUC